ACUGGAUUAGGAUUGGUAAUUAAUCAAUUAUUUUUAUUUAAACACAUUUUGACCACAUUGGCUUACGAUCUAGUGUAAUAGAACGAUAGUUACACUGCAAUUUAAUUAAACUGAAUUGCGUAAUUUUACAAAUAUAGAAGAAUCUAAAUACUAUAGGUAUAGCAUUUUAAAAUUACAGAAAAAAUAAACAAUAAACUUUAACUUAUAAUCAACGAUUAUAUAUUAUUUAAGAUUCUUUAGAAACACUAUAUAUUUAUGUCUUAUCAAAGAGAUCACUAGAAUGCACCAUGAAAAUAUUUGCAUAGCGUUUAGUUUUUGCUGUUGGUAUAUUAAAAGUUUAACUUUUCCUAAGGGCGUAUUAGGCAUUUGGCAUCUAUGCGGUAGUAAGGCGUCCAUUUUUCUUUUGGAAUCUCCUAGUAUCAUCCUCCUGCUUUAGUCAAAGUUUUGUGAUGAUCACGUAUAUUUAUAGACCAGGAAGUAAGAUAUCUUUAUAUCGGCUUGCUGGAUAAAUGCAAGACAAUGCUCUUUUCUGAAUUCCCCCAGAUCUUCUAAACGAGGUGUUACGCACACUAACGUUAUUUGAAAACGGUGGUGUAACAUCUUUGAUUAUAUAUUUGCUUUCAACUUGUGAAUAAUUUCAAUUAUACAAUGGCUGAUGAGAUAUUAUAAUUGGGGUUGAGACUGAGACUACAUGUUGUAUGAAUUUGUCUUUACCGUGCUUCGGACAACAUUUACUACUUGGCUACCCCUAUUUAAGACAGAUCAAAUCGUGCGCCGUUCAACGGUCGUAAUGCGAACACUCCUCCUAUGAUUUUUUGGCGAUCUUCUAACACCAAGCAUGCAAAACACGCAAAUUGGGGAGGGUAAAUCUACCAGAGUCAGUGUUGGGUGGGAAUUGUAUAUUUCUCACUUCGUUCACUCAUAAAACUCCAAUUAUACUACCAGGCACAUCAGCCCUUGUAUAAUUGGAUUUUUUUUCAUGAACUUGAGUCGAAAUAUAUCAGACUACAAGUGGCAGAUUUUAACACAAGAACGCCAUAAUAAACCUAAAAAACUUUAUUGUUAAGCUCGACAAAGAAAAAAUGUUAACAUGAACCAAAUAAACUAAUUAUGGUUAUGAGCAAGGACUGCACUAUCAAAGUUUGUGUUUUCCAAUGCUCUUUAGUAGAAUUUCUGGAAUAUUGAUGCAGUAAACCGAUCAGCCAUCCUCAAGAUUCCCUUAAUAGGUCCAGAAGCAUUCGCUGUUGCAGAUGUUAAAGCACAUCGCGCUUUAUGUGCUUUAAAGUAGAGGUGGCGACAUCAGUUUCAGCCAGCAUUUCCUGAAUCCAUCUAGCUAUGGUUGAUGGGAGAAAUUGAUAAGGUUUGAUGUACGAGAUAUAUACGCUUUUAUGUUCACUCGCCGGUGUUGUCCGGAAUAUAGUUGUAGACGUUAUGUAUACUGCCUCAAAAAGCAAAAGGAUAUAGCUUCUAUCUUCUGUGAAUUAGGGAACAAUGGCCGAGACUGGUCCAUCAGGUCGGGUUGUUUUAGUUUUAAAUAAUGUAAGCGUGAGAUCUUUUGGUGCCAGCCGAUAAAAAUCCAAGUGUGCCAGAGAAGCAAUUCGCUUAGAGCAUUUCAAUAAAGUUCAUACUUGUCCCCAUUUUCACUGUAGAAACGUCCUAAAUCUGGGAAUAACUGGGUUUGGCGGGAGGGGCGGGGCGUUUGUUGAGAAUACGCCAUAAUAAAUUUAUUACAUAGGCAUGCUGUCCCACUGGAUAACCAUCAUCCUUGGGGUGGGUAACAGAAAGUGUAGACCUUAGUAUAUUUAUAGAGAAAUGUACAGGGUGUGUAUAAAAAACCGAACAGAUAUGAAUUUGAGUCCAAUUUCGCAAAACAGCUAUUAGGGUCCAGUUUUUUAUGUACAUAGCUUCUUUGGGUACUUUUAAUGUAGAUUAAUGAAAAUUAAUCGAGAACUUAAAAAUGGCUUGCAUACGAAAUUUAAAAGCUUUAAUCAUAUUUUGAGUUAAUAGACUGGAAAUUUGUUCGGGUAUGACUAAAGGGAGAGUUACCAACCGGAGAGUUAUCUCGGAGAGUUAGGAUUUCGGAGAGUUAUGUUCGAACCACGCCCAAACCACACCCACUUUCCCCAAUGACCACACUCAAUUUCUUAACUCUCCCGACGUUUCCUUGAACUAACAUGAGAGAUUUAUGCUUGACGUAACUCUCUCUCUCGUUAACAUUAUGAAGAUGUUAGAGAGUUAUCAUUUUUUAUAACUCUCAGCGUUCACGAUUGUGACAAUGAAGAGAGUUAUGUCAGUUUUUUGAGAAAAUCUUAGAAAAGCUUGUUUCUUCUGAUAUUCAUCUUUUAUUUUGGUAUUUCAGUUUGUAGCGUGUCAAUACCAGGAAAUAGUGCACCUUGACUCGGUCAAAACAAUGACAUGCUUGCAUCAGAAGGGUCAAAGUACCCCCAGAAGCAUGCUUAGCUUUGACGUGUAUUUGACAGUAAAUACGGUAAGCAUAGUGGCAAGAAAAUUGAAAAAAUUGCGAAAAUUGCAUCUUUCAGAAAUUCAGGUUUUGGAAAUACUUUCCUAGAUCAGCCAAUAGGGCUUUACGUUGAAAAGGUUUUCUGGUUCUAUCUGAGCUGUAUCUGAAUGCUGGGCUUUGUAGAUAAUCCAAGUGAGCAUGUAUAAUAGUUUAUUUACUUGUACUCGCUUCACUUGGUAAGUACUAAAGUACUACCAGUUUCUACUAGCGUGGAAUGUUAAAGCUGAAACUUGAGAAAAAAGUAAAUUCACAAUAAUUUACUAAAAUGUGGAAAUUGUUAUCAAAAAACUGACGGACAUAACUCUCUUCAUUGGCAUUGCCACAAUCGUGAACGCGGUGAGUUAUAAAAAAAUGAUAAUCUCUAUCAUCUUCAUAAUGUUAACGAGAGAGAGUUAUGUCAAAAAUAACUCUCUCAUGUUAGUUCAAGGAAACAUCGGGAGAGUUAAGAAAUUGGGUGUGGUCGUUGGGAAAAGUGGGCGUGGUUUGGGUGUGGUUCGAACAUAACUCUCCGAAAUCAUAACUCUCUGAGAUAACUCUCCGUUUAGCCGGUCACAAUUUGUUCGGUUUUUAAUUACAUACUGUACAAAAUUUCAGAGAGUUUGCCAUUGUUUAAGUCCUUUAGCUAUUCUCACAAACUUACAUUUUUUCCUAAAAUCAGCUAUUUGCAUGCUUAAUGAAUGCUUAAUUUGCAUAUGUCAGCAAUAUGUAAAUUAGGUAAAAGCAUUAAUUAAGCAUGCGAAAGGCUGAUUUUUUAGGAAAAAAUAAAUAGCUAAAGGACUUAAACUAUAGCAAAUUGCCUGAAGUUUUGUACAGUAAUUAAAAACCCAACAAAUUUUCCAUCUAUUAAUUCAAAAUAUGAAUAAGCUUUUAAAUUUCGUGCGCAAGCCAUUUUUAGUUUAUUGGAAAAGUCACACUCCCAUGGUUCACAAAAUUUGAGUUCGAGAAAUUUUGUUCAUUAUUCUACAUUAUAUAAGUACCCAGAAAAGUUAUAUACAUCAAAAACUAAAUACUAAUAGCUGUUUUGCGAAAUUGAGAGCAAUUUCAAAUCUGUUCAGCUUUUUUUGAUGCACCCUGUAGAAGACCAUUAUCAAAAGAGUAUGAUAAAACGGUAAGAAUGUAAAGAUGCCGCAGAAACAGGAUCAGUUUUCCGUGAAGAACACCAGCUGUGCUAGCGCUCCCGGAUCGAUUCAUAGGUAUCAUACAAGGAGGUUCUAGUGGCUGCGAUGAGUAAAUUGGCAACGCUUGUUGGAAGACAUUCUGCUUUGUAGCGCUGUACGAGAUAUGGAAUACGUCCACAUGGAGACGUGGAUACAUUGGGUGAACUGUUUGUGAAUUAGUAGGGGGCGCCAAAGUUGGGCUUGCCAAAUUGGGACUAUCAAUACAAAUUCUGUUUGGUCGGUCGUUAAUUUGCUAAGCAUCGCGGAGUGGAGAGCUUUAGGAUCUGGCCACCGGUUGAUGUAGCUUGGGAACUGGUGAGUUAGUCCUUUUGGCAAAAAGAUCUGUUUGACAAUCCUUUAGAACAAGUCGUAUGAGGCUGCAAUGUAGCAUCCAAUCGGUGAUGUCCACAAUUAAUUAGUCGGGAUUCCAAAUCUGUAAGACUUGUCAACUUGCCUGGUACAGGAUUUACUACUACAAAUAUGUUAGCCUGGAUGCCUCAGUUCCAAAGAUCUAGAGCAAGUUGGACUAGGUGAGGUACUAAACGUGGAAUUGUCCAUAUUGAUGAACACCGUUAUUGAGGAUUGGUUUCUCAGAAAAGUUUGUAACGCCAGUAAGGCACCAUUCAAUUAUAGAAUAUUGAUAUGAAAACGUUUCUCUAGGGCAGACCAUAUUCCGUUCGUCAAGUUUUCAGCGGACCGCCCCCCCCCAACCCUCAUUGGAUGCGUUUGUACGGAUUGUUAAAUCUGGGGUGGAUGAGGUCGCAAUAUGGCUGCUAUUGCACACCUCGAUAUUGCGAGACCACCAAUUCACAAUUCCUGUCUUUAUUGAAGAGAGAGGGCUUACUUCUUUCUCGUAUUUGCCAAAGGGAACUGUGUCAAGUUAGUUGUGCCCGUAACAUGCGAAUGUGAAGAGGAGCUAGCUAGCCAUAUGGCUGGCCGAUAUGAUUCAAGUAUGUCCAAGAUUUGAGCCAUAUAUCGGUGAGCUACGGUUGGUUUGGCCAGCUUCAGAUGACACUGUGAGCGCACAUUGUUUUCUUUUUCGCCAAGCAAGGUUAGAGUUACGGUGGCUAAGCUGAUGGUGAAUCCCAAAAAGGUAUUUGGCUGCGUUGGGUUGUUGAGGGUCGAUUUUUCAUUGUUGAUAAUAAACCCUUAGGAUUCUGCAAGAAACAUAGUCGUCUUGGUGAAUCUGUGUGUCUCCGUCAGGAGGAUGUCGUCUAGGUAGAUUACCGUAGGCGAACUCCACUUUUCCUCAGAAAGCUGCCACCGGGUUUAGAAACCGUGCGAAUAUGCAAAAGGUGAUAUUCAAACCCAAGGGUAAGCUUUGGGAAACCGGUAAGCUUUUUUUCCCAACUUUUGAGAUUCUGGGUGGAUGGCUACAGAAAAAUAAGCAUCUAUUAAGCCAGACGUGGUCAUGAAGUGACAGGGUUUUAAAUUAAGAGAAUCCUUCCUGUUGAAAGAUGGUCCAUUUGGAAUUGGGAGUUUUCUAUAAACUGAUUGAGAGAGGUUUUCGCGCACGGUGGCGCCUAUUUAGGGACUGGAAUGAGAUCAUGUCCAGAAGGCUUUGAAUUUCUGCCUUCGGAAUUGGAGUUGACUCCUGCAAUACCCGUGUAAUUUGAGGAGUUUCUUGAAAGGGAAUUUUCAAGCCGGAAAAUGUUUUCAGAUUUCGGUAUCCGAAAGCAGUUCCUGUCACUGUUUGAUGCGCUUUGGGGUUGGGAUGCGGUCGGUACGACAACUGGGGAUUUCGAAAAAUGUUUUGCAUCUGCCGAGAAAACUGAAAAUUCUAGGUAUUUUGAUUGGUUGCAACCCGAGUGGUUAGAGUUGGAAAAUCUGGAGCUUUGCGGUUUGGGCCUAAUGAAUUCCGCUGCUACACUUUUUGCUGUGCCCCAAAAAAGUUCUGCCUUUUUCCAAGCGAUGGAUAGGAAAUCAUCACCAAAUAACCACAUUCAUGCAUUGGGCAAGGAUUGGUUUGCCAUAUCAAGCUUUCCCAGUUAAUAGAAGCAAGGACGUUUUUGCGGCAAAGGGUAGACAAGUGUUUGUUUGCUGACCACAAUAGGCAAAGUGUUUGUUCAACAGUUGUUUUCAAAUUUACAAUAUCCACUGCUGAAUUGCUUUCAGACUGAUCAUGUAGUGUGUAGAGGGGCCUUGUGGCGUUAGGUAAGGCCAGUUGGACAAAUUGUAACUAUUUGUCUCGUUCUUGGACAAAUUUUCUAUUGUUUUUGGCAAUGUGCUGCACCACUGACGGACUUAGUGUUGGGAACCUCUCCUGAGGGAACUGAUUGUGUUUCUAAAAUUAAAAUUAACAAACUUUAUCACACAGUAUGUCAGUUAUCGGCAAAAAUUUUCUCAAGAAAUGAGUAUAAAUGCUUCUGAAAGUCGCCAUGCGAUGGCUAGAUCAUCAAAAUUGUACGUACAUAUGUGAGCCAUGAUGCUUGUUACUGGGAUGCGCAAUUUGGAGAUCAGUUCCUAUCCCAUAUAUCCAUAUCUGGUGACUAAUGAGUCAUUUCUGAUGACUUAAUAGUCAAAUCUGGUGGCCUAAUAGGCAAAUUUGGGGGUAUAAUAGCCAUAUUUUCCCGUUGAGAAGCAUCUAUAUAAGUUGUUAAUGUAACUUCCCCGCCGAGACUGACAGCGUGUCGUCUUCGUGUUCGGCGACGACACGGAAAUGGGAGCUUUGCUAUGCUGUUUCUAAUGAGAGUGAGCUUCAAUGGCAGUAAUCCUGGAGUUGCAGACCACAUGUCUGCUUGUAAAUCCGUAUAGGAUUGUAGCAUUUGACAAAGAAUUUGCUCGUUUUCGUUUAGAUUGUCGUUGGUGUCAAUUUUGGGCGGUUUGAGGAAUUGUUCGUCGAUGCAUGAUGAUAUUUUUCUCGCGAAUUAGCCAUUCCAAAGUUGAUGACUUGACUGGAGUCGAGUGUUAAAAAGCGCCCAAAUUAAGAAAUGAACCAAAUCACUAAAAAGACCACCUCAAAAUUAGUAAGUAUACGAAGUUUGAAGACGUUUACAUGAAAACAAUAUUAAGGUUUCGAAAAUUUUGAAACUACUGAUAAAAACUGUUUUGGGGCGCUUUCCCCCCCCAAAAAAAAUAUUACAGUACGUUUCAUAUUAAAUAUUGGGAUUGUCGAAAGCUUAUUAUUAUUCGAAAAAUAUUCAUGUAAACGUCUUCAAAUCUUAGAUACGUAGUAAUUUUGAGGUGGUCGUUUUAUGUGAUUUGGAUUAUUUGUUAAUUUGAAAACUUUUUGACACUCGUCCCCAGUCCUCGCAUCAACUUCGGAAUGUCUAAUGUAAAGUUUACGAGAACGAUGGCUGGACAUAGUCAAGCUCACUGUAUAUGACACUGUUUAAGCUAAAAAAUCAUUAUAUGUCUAUAAAAGGGAAGAUAAAAAAAUACAAUUUUACAGUGAAUAACUACUUGCGUGCUCAUGUCCGAGGCACAAGGUGAAAAUGUCUCAGGGGCAUCAUGAGAAGGGUGUUCCUGUUGCAGUCGAUGAAGGGUGCAAUGUACGACUUUCCCUUUUUAUAGGGGGUACGCUAACGUUAAGGUUACAGGACACCCUUUUUGGCGUUUUGUGGAAAAUCGCUAUUGCGCGGUCAAAUUUCAUCAAAUUUUCACCAAAUGUUAGCUAGAGCAUGCAAAAGAUGAUAAAGUUGUAAAAUUGACAAACAAUAAAAUAAUGUAAGAAUUAUUCAGGAAAAUCUUAAGUCGCGUGUUAUGUUCCUUCUGGUUUUAAGAUAUAUUUAUGAAAAUAUCAUUUUUAUACAGUAAAAUAGUUGUUCUAAAAAAUUGUUUGUUCUAAAAAAUUGUUUAUUUCGUCAUUCCGCUGAUAUGGCGAUUUCUUUGACAACUGCAACAUAUUUCUGAAUCGUUUGUGUGAAUUGCUCCUUAUUAUUAAAAUAUGCAAAAUUAGAACAAAGCCAAAUAUAAUUUUGAAACUGACGUCUUUAGCUAUGUCCUGUGAAAAUUUAAGACCAAUUCGUUAAAACUCGCAGUUGCACAACUCGUUUAAAAAUCACUAAUUGCCGUAAAAUUCUUCGGGAGAAAAUUGAAUUUGAGUAUUACAUUUUCAAUGUUUUUUUUAUUGCAAGCGAAAUGUAUUUUAUUAAAUAACUCUGCGAGUUUUCAACAUUUUUCGUCCAAACUUGGUCAGUUAGUAGAACUAAUCUAAUUCUUUCAUGGGAAUAAAUAAAAAAAAUUUAGGCAAAAUUAACAUUCAAAGGUGUUCUGUAACCUUAAAAUGUGGUGCGAAACACUGUAAAGAGCAAGUUAUACCGCUUGUAGUCUCUGUUUCAUAUAUUUCGACCGGAGUGCAUGAAAUGGAAUUGUUAAAUUCUAUGCAUGCGCGUAUGGUGGAUCGUAACAAUUGUUAUAAAUGAUGAUAAUGGUGAUAAAUAAAUAUUUUUAUUGUAAAUAUUACAAUUGGUGGCUUGCGUGAAAGAUCCAAAAGCAAAAGAUUGCUUCGCAUUUUUUUCAUGUGCUGUUCGUUUACUAACAAUAACUUGGGCAAUUCGUUUCUUUAAAAAAAGAAGUGGAUUGACUACAAGUCAUGUUAUUUCGCUGGAUUUUAAACAACCUGCCGACCACAUUGGCGACCGAGCUCCAAAUUUCGGCCCAAUAGCAAUUUUGUGACAGUUGAUGGAUAUUAAGAAUUAGAAGGGAUUGUUGACCAAUCAGAAACUAAAUUACACUUUGAAUGUAUAAUGAAUAAAUUAGGUCAUUAACCGGUCAAUAUCUUUGAAAAUAAAUUCAUACACAUUUUCAUACACUGUAAACCGCAAGUUAUCACUAAUUAGUUACAUUGCACUGAUUGUAAUCGGUAAAUUGAAAGACACUAAUUCUGAGAAUAUAUAGCUACAUUACAACGAUCAUCAUAAUAAUUAUCCUGUUCACUCUCUGUUAGGUCAAACAAAACAAUUUCCUGUAUUUUGUAACAUGGAAGCUGGAGGUAAUUAUCAGCCUAGAUAGGAUAUAGAAAUGUCGUGCUUAGCAGUUAUUUAGAGAUUUAUUUAUACAAGCUAUAGUAAUAUUAGUGGAUACAAUUCAAGAGGCAGAGGCUUUUUCGCCAAUUUUGUAUCUCGAAAAUAUAGGUAUAUUUUUUCCUCUAAAUUGUACAUGGAACCCAUCAAUAAUUGGCGAAAAGAAAACGAUUAUUUGAAGUUAUAGUACAACAAUAAUUCCAUUAAAACCGUCCCGAGACGCAGCAAACGUGCAAAAGGGUAGAUUCCACGAUUUGCACUUCCGCUUUGCAUGAAUUCCUUCGUUUUAAAAUAUUCUAAAAUGAGCUAGCACAAAUGCAAAGGGCGUGUGUGAGCAAAGUUCGUGCACUCGUGCACUAAAAACUGUGCAUGCGUGGUUGCUAAUAAUUUUAUUUACCUGCUCUAUAAUCCACAAUAUAAUGUGAAAAUUAAGAUUAAUCUAAUUAAUCCUUCAAUGUUCAUUGAAAUAUUCGACUUAAUAAUCUUUGAAAUAAAAUUAUUUCGAAUCAGACAGUUUGGCUCUUGUAAACCCAUAAUUUUUAUAUUUGUUGAAUUUGCAGGUUGGACUUUGGUGUUUAAGCUUAUAGCGGGAAUAUCAGGAGGACCAGCAAAAAUUUGGAGAACGCCCUUCUCAACCUAUGAAUACUCGCUGGCAGCUCUUAAUACCAAAAACGAUUUUAAACAUCAUUACAAAAACCGCAUUGUUCAAAACUGGAGUUUGUUUAAGCCAUCGGAGGUACGACUGAGCCAGUGAGAACAAUCUGCAGACAUGCAUGUUUCGGCGUUCUGCCCACCAUGUAUGUAUCGCAUAUUGGCGCUUUUGGACGCAUAUUUGACAGGAGUGCGCCACCUCAGUGCAACUUAGUACUCGUUUAAAUACGUGAUACAUUCGUACUUUAUCACACGAGCUGGCUCUCACCAAGGCAUGUGGUGCAACACGAUGUUAUUGACGAAUACAGGCAUGCACAGAGUGUAAACGAAACUUUUUUUAAUUGUUUUGAGCCGCCUUAGGGAGUGUUCAUUACUUAUGAUUUGGGGGGUGGGGAGUGGCAUUUCAAAACUCCUCCCUAUCAGUAUGUGCAUGACUCAUCCCCUCCGGCAACAGCAGAACUCGUGUGAACUCCUCCCCGUCCCCCAAGAAAAGAUCGAAAACUUUGAUGACCACCCCACUUUAUAUGGAAUACAAUACAAGUGUAUAAAUAUGGUUUGUACAAUAUCAGUUAAUUAAACAAUAAAAAGUCUUUAUUUUAUGACGUUGGUAAUAGUGCAAAAGCUCCUGUAAUCUUGUAGUCAUUUGAUAGUUGAAAAUUUUCAUGUUUUAUACUCACAUAUUUUGACGAGGUCAAAACAUUGACAGAACUAAAACUUUAAUAACCCACUCAAUUAUCCUCAAACUCUGGUGACCCCCCCCCCCAAAAAAAAAACACCAAAUGUUUUUGUUUCCCCCUAAGAAAAAGACUAAAAGUCUUCUAGGAAGUUUUGCUUGAAUAAAUAAAUUAAUAGAAAAUUUUACUUUAGUGCUGUUAAAAGCUUUUUUUUGUAAAUUUUAUAUCAGUUAAAUGUAGCGUUUCUGUUAUAUUUAUUUUACUGUUAUUCCUGUUAUAUUCAAUAUAUUCAUAUACAAUUAUAUUCAUUUAGCGUUCCGUUGAUAUGCAUUUCAAUUCGGCUAGUCCUUUGUUUCGCCACCCUUGCAUUCUAUAUAAGUACAACAAGGUGACAAACUGUUUUCAUAUUGUCCUAAACUCUUCCAUUUUUUAGGCUAAGGUGGCUUUGUACAAGAGUGACAAAGAAGAGGUUGUGCUCAGGUUCAAUGCUGCUAACAGCAACAAUGUGAACUGGUUUUCUGCUGCAAAUGUUCUAGAAUCACCAUGGCAAGAUAUCUUAAGUACGAAAAAGAACUACUUUACUGUUGGUGGUCCAUGCUAUCCCACAGGUUGCAGAGAUUUUCAUAUUAAUAGCGUUUACGGUGGCUGUGCUGCAGAUGAUGGUUGGCUCUCUAUUGGAGAUAGCGCUACAUGCAAAUGGGAAAAAAGAUUCCCAGCUGGAGUGAAGCUGACCUACAGUAAAGCUACUAAUCACGUCAACUACAAUACCUUCAGUGAGUUUCGACCAGUUUCAUAAGAAUAUAUAUUUAUAGAUAUUUACAUUUGUAGCAAGAAAACACACUAAGGAUAUGCUUAUAUCAGCCUGAUUUUCUUGCUGACCAGCUAAACGGGGUGCAUGCAUGUUUGAUACUAAUCAUACUAAUACAUUUACAUCCCAAAACAAUUUUACAUUACAAACUGGGAUCACACUUGGAUCGAAAGUUGUCAAUCUAAAUUAUUCCAAAAUCUCGGUAAAAAUUGUCGUCUAACACAACUGCUACAAUAGCUACUGUAAUCAGGGAUAUAUUUCUUGUUGAAAAAGUUGCUUUAAAUAAAAAAACCACAUCAAAAACAUCUAUAUCUGAAUAUCGAGGGACGUUUCCGUCGUAAGAAUGUUUCUUCCAUCAAUUUUGGUCUGCAAUUCAAAGGUCUGAUCCCAGCUAACAGGCAAUCUUACAUAUACAAACAGCGCUAAAUCGCAAUGGAAGAGCAUGUUGUACUGUCCACCAACUUGAUAAACGUUUUAAUAGCUGUCUUUAGAAAUAACUUAUCGAAAUAGAUUUUAAGUGGUUGUCUCACUAAGAACCAUGCAUGCAGUACGUUUUGGAUAGAAAAUUAGAUUUCCAUCAUAUUUUUAUCAUGAAUUAUCUUUAUCCUUUGACACCUUUUACUUCAGACACUGCAUGACGUGACAGAAUCUCGAUCUCGAUAGAGACGUCAACCACGCGUCAAAUUAUUUGCCAUAUUUCGAUAAGGUUUGAAUCAAAUUCAAAACUUUCUUCAAAAAAAUUAAUAUUCCAAAAUUUUAAUAUUGGUUGAAACGACUUAGGAUAAAGGUAAUUCAUGGUAAAAAUAUAGAAGAAAUCUAAUUUUCAGUUCGAAACGCAUGGUUCGUAGCGAGACAGCCACUUAGAGUCCAUAAAUUCUUGUCAUUUGUUGUCACACAAUAGACAUACUGCUGAAUAAACCAUUGUCUCGCAAUAACAGAAAAUUAUCUUGAGCCGGAAAAGGACAGAACGCAGUCUUCCAGAAACUUCCAGUCCUUAUACAAACUUUUAAUCAAAAGUUGCUCUGUAGCAACUUAAAUUUAAACUGCGCAUGAUGCCCAAUAUGUCCAACUACAGUGGUAUAUAGAUUUUCCACUAGUGUAAAAGUACAUGUGCUUCCUGCACUGCAAGAAAUUGAGUAAAAUAGUGCACUCACAUUGAUCGACUCAAAAUAUUGAGUUAAAAAUAUUGUUGGCGGUCAAACGCGGGCGAGAGUUGCAACUCCCAUCAACUCUCAUCCUCGAUUGACCAACGCUUUAAACCUAUUUAAGGAUUCCGUAUUUUUAGGGAUUUUACGCAACUUCCGUUUCUAUCGCAACAAUGACGUUUCAAAAUUGCGUAUAUUUCGACUUUAAACUAAUUUAACUCGUAAACAAAAUUGGUGACUCCAAAAUCUUAUUCAUAAAGUAAUAUGUAUAAUUCAGUAUACUAAAAGAAAUCAUUUUACGGAAUAACUUUAGGGGCUUAUACCUCUCGUUUUUGAGUUGAAUUAGUUUAAAAAGCCUGAACUUCCGCCUACUUGAAACGUCAUGGUUACCAUAGCAACAGCAGUUGCUUAAUUUUUGUGUAAUGUUUUAUAUCAGUAAGAUACCUUUUGUUUUUCAAAAUGUAAUGAUUGUCCAAAAGUACGGAUCUAAUUGUGAAUUUUCCAUCUUUUUAAAACUGUAUUCAGCCAGCUUAAAGCUUAAUUAUGAAUAUCGCAAAUUGUGUUUUGAACUUAUCGUAUAUACAUUUUCAGGUAAAGUUCGUGCAGCUGACGUAUUCGCGGUUUUUAUUCGUUAAACGUUUUAAGGUAUGUGCAUUUAAUAGAAUAAUCUAUUUUUGAAAUGAACGUACGGAUUUUUAACCGCGAUUCAGAAGAAAAUUAUUGCGCGUUGCAAUAUUCACCAUUACAAAAAAUUUCACAAAUUAUUUCAAAUGUGAAAUUAUGCGCAGCCUCGAAACAGUUAGUAAGCAAGUUUUCAUUCAUAUCUACGUGUGAAGUCAUCCACAUGUUCACACCAUUCAGGAAAUGCAAACAUUUUAGCUGACCGGAUAUAAAUAUUAGGUGGGAUUUCAACUUCACGCAGUUGCUUCUCUUACAUUCAUAAACAGUGGCGAGUUAGCCAUAGCAACAGGUCAUAAUGUGCUGGACAUUUCUAAUGAUUUGCUUCAUUCACACCUUUAGAAAUGUAUUGUAUUUAACCUAUACUUAGAUGCAGGUUUAUUAGCAAAGUAUGACCAGUUGCCUUGGCUAGCUUCGCCACUGCUCAUCGAUCAUUACUAAAUUAAAGUGAAUUAAUUUUUAUCCAUGCGCCGUAAGAGUUUAUUAAUAUGCUUUGUCAGGUAUUCAAAACCUAAUUUCCUCGUGAAUUAUUACCAGAAGUUUUUAUCCGUGCUUGAAUGUAUAUGUUUGACUUUCUGUCUGUCGGCCAGAUAACUCUUACAAAAAACUAAUAUAACUUAUCAAUACAAAAUGGACAUCCCCCAAGGAGCAAACUCUUAUUUUUUGGUCAAUUUUGGAUAAAUAUUAGACAGUUUGCAAACGUUUGUCUUGCUUUGUCGCGUUGAUUAAUUAAAAUGAAUGUGCGAUUUCUUAUUGCAUAAUUUAUGCUUGAUACAAACUUAAUUUUAAUUGAAAUUAAAAUUUGUCGUCGGAGGUACGCAGUCCCCGAGUUCUAGUUAAUGAUAUAUUCACUUAAAAUAAGUACAACUGAAUGGGAAAAUUUUAUUUCGAUGUGUUAAUAUCAGUUAAUAAUUACUUUGUUAUUUCCUUUUAACAGAUAUAACUUCCACUCCUAAAGAUGGCAAAAGGAAAGGCUAUGAUAAUAAUUUGAACCAUUCUUUGAUAUUUUCAAUAUAUUAAUUGUUAAAGUAAUUUGUAAGGCAUUAAUUUGUAGAUUCAUAGAGAAAUUAUUUCGGUAGCUUCAUCGUCUUAUUAAUGAUUUCAUGUAUAAUUUUUCUUUUGAUUAACAUAAACAUUCAUGCAAAAUUCUUGUCGUUAAUAUCUCAGGCAUAUUGAUGCCAGCGUCUGGCCAGAUGAUAAGCUAAUUUCUCCAGGACCAAAUGAUGGGAG